UAGGCACGAUUAUAAUCUCAGCUGCUACGCGAUAUUUCAAAAGUAUUUUGUUAGCAAGCAGAAAGCUACUUAUCCUCAAUGUCUCCGACAAUAUACAUUUUUGCCUUGGUGGUUGUCAAUUGCCAGUCAAUACCAUUCAAUCCUUGUACAUGUCCUUGUACGGACAUAGUUCCGAUUGAAGUAACACCUUACCUGAACACGAACGCCAACUGCGUGUACAUCAGAAGUAUCUACAGCAGAGGAUUCCUCUUCACAGCGGAUAAAGUGGUGGAAGGCAAUCGUUAUGUUUACCACGAUGUUUCGCAUUAUCAGAACCCCAAUCCCAAUUACUCGCAUACCGCUUUCUGGAAGAUUUAUUACCCAUGGAAAAACGUUAGCGACACAGCGGAUGUCCCUCUGGCCGUGGAAAAUAUUUUGUCCUCGGAGUAUCUCGUUGUAACCGGCAAGAUAGUCCAAUCUACGAACCGCGAAAUAGUGACUUUCCCUGUUUUGACCAAGUAUUCACUUUGGUACUUCAGCUACUUUCAACAUGAGGGCUAUUACAAACUGAAGAAUCAUUACACUAAAGAGUUUCUGUUCUCGGAUGAGCUGCACACAAGUGGUUUUGGUGAGGGUAAAGUCUUUACGGAUACCACCAAGCUCGAUUCAUCAGCUGACUUCCCUGGAAAGUAUGGUUUUGCUGUUAUACCGUGUUAUGAAUAAUGUGAUCAACCAUGAAAUAUAUGAUUGAUACGU